AACUGUAAACGUCAAAAUCGUAAUUUGCGUGUGCAUACAGUCGUAAUUUUUUAGAGUUUUCAUAGUGAUUUAUUAUAUAUUAUUGUGCUAUUGAAAUCCAGUGAUGGCUGGGAAGAUGAACAAGUUCGAGACGCCGAGUUCAGCAAGCUCGGAUAGCGAUUCAGAGUUAGCGCUAGAGAUAAGCGAGCAAGUGUUUCUGGACGAAGAUGACUACUCGCGCGCCCCGGCGUCGCCCACCACCGUGCCAAACGUCAGGCCGUAUAGACCGCCAUCCACAGGAUCCAAUAUACUAAAAUCGCCCCGAGGCCGCCGCGUGCGCACCACCUCAAUGUCGCAGCCGAACAAGAGAACGACUGCGGAAAGCAUCCUACACGCGGACAGGCGGACGAUAUACACGGCCGGCAGACCCCCGUGGUACAAUUGUACCGGCGGACAGGAGGUGGAGCCGUUUCUUAUCGGUAUAUGCGGCGCGAGCGCAUCCGGCAAGACGACGGUCGCGGCCAAGAUCAUAGAGUCACUGAACAUACCCUGGGUCACUAUUGUCAGUAUGGACUCGUUUUAUAAGGUCCUAAAUGAGAAGCAGCACCAGGCGGCGAUGCGCAACGAAUACAACUUCGACCACCCUGACGCGUUCGACAUGGAGCUGCUGGUCAACGUGCUGCAGCGGCUGAAGGAGGGGAAGAAAGUGGAGGUGCCCAUAUAUAAUUACGUCACGCAUUCCCGGGAGAAUCGGACGAAAACAAUGUACGGCGCGAACGUGAUUAUAUUCGAGGGUAUACUCGCGUUCUAUAACGCCGAAGUGGUGAGCAAGCUGGAUAUGAAGGUGUUCGUGGACACGGACGCUGACAUACGGCUGGCGAGGCGGUUGAGAAGGGACAUAGUGCAGCGCGGGCGCGAGCUGGAGGGCGUGCUGAAGCAGUACCUGACGCACGUGAAGCCGGCGUACCAGAGCUACAUCGCGCCCAGCAUGGCGCACGCCGACAUCAUCGUGCCGCGCGGCGGCGAGAACAAGGUCGCCAUCUCGCUCAUCGUGCAGCACGUGCACAAGCAGCUGCAGCUCCGCGGAUUUAAAGUGCGGGAGAAGUUGGCCAUAGCGCACGUGGGGCAGCCCGUGCCCGACUCGCUCUACGUACUCAAGGAUACGCCUCAGGUGCAGGGUCUCCACACAUUCAUACGCAACAAGGACACGCCUCGCGACGAAUUCAUUUUCUACUCGAAGCGUUUGAUGCGGCUCGUCAUAGAGUUCGCUAUCUCCCUCCUGCCCUACACCACGCACAGCGUCGACACUCCGCAAGGAUUUACCUAUACCGGACGCAAAUGCGCCGUGGAGCGAGUGUGCGGCGUGUCCAUACUGCGCGCGGGCGAGACGAUGGAGCAAGCUGUUUGCGACGUCUGCAAGGACAUACGGAUCGGGAAGAUACUCAUACAGACCAACCAGCAGACUGACGAGCCUGAGCUGUACUACCUGCGGCUGCCGAAGGACAUAAAGGACUACCGCGUGAUCCUGAUGGACGCGACGGUGGCGACGGGCGCCGCCGCCAUGAUGGCCAUCCGCGUGCUGCUCGACCACGACGUGCCCGAGCGCCACAUCUCGCUCGUCUCGCUGCUCAUGGCCGAGAUCGGCGUGCACUCCGUCGCCUACGCCUUCCCCGAGGUUAAGAUAAUAACGUCGGCUCUAGACCCGGAAAUCAACGAGAAGUUCUACGUGCUACCAGGUAUAGGCAAUUUUGGAGAUCGCUACUUUGGAACCGAACCGAAUGACGACGAAUGACUGACAACCCCCAUACGUGCGACAGAGAUGGCAACAUUUCCGCGCUACGAGUGAACGAGACAAAUAUAUGUUACUCAGCGUCGCCGCAUGUAAAGGCGACGCACGCUUGGAUGUAUCCGCUAGCAAUAAAUGUAUCGUUUAACAAUUUGUUAUCAACGCUUAUAUAUGUAUAUGGAACUGACGCUUGUGCAAAAUGAGGGUAGUUUUGUAUAUUUUUUUAUAGCGACGAUAUAUCCAUCCAGCGUGCGAAUUUCAAAUGCAAAAA